CGCAGUGUGUUUUCUCGGUCGCAUGUGUGCGCUCCUUGCUGACUUUUAAGACUAAACUCCUCUGUUGGUGAGGCAGUCCUCUCACGCGUGGGGGGAUUUGUAGUUUUUGAGUGAUAUUUCAUGUUAAUUAGGGUUGGACUCUGAAGUGUAAAAUGAGCGCAGUGGUUGCUCAGUCCCAUUUCAUCUUCGGCCUGCGGAGAGGUGUCGCGAACAAUUUGUGUUUCUUCGACGAGCACAGCUUGGUUUUCCCCUGCGGCAACAACUGCGUGUGCUUCAACACCGUGCAGCGAUGCCAGAGGUUCAUCCCAGGCUCAGAGAAAAGCCAGGGCAUGCGCGCCAUGGCCAUCAGUGCCAACCGGCGCUACCUGGCAGUGUCGGAGAGGGGGGGCGAGCGGGCCACCGUCACGGUGUUCGACCUGCAGCACGAGCAGGGCAGGAAGAGGAAAGUCCUGACCGCAGGGGACGCGCCGGGCCGGGAGUUCGUGUGCGUGGCCUUCUCCCCCGAUUCCAAGUACCUGAUUGGCCAGACGGGCGGCCCGGAGUGGACGUUGGUCCUCUGGCUCUGGGAAAAGCAGAAAGUCCUGGCGUCGGUGAAGACCAGCAACCCGAACAAUCCCGUCACCCAGGUCAGCUUCAACCCUCACAACAACACGCAGCUGUGUGUGAGCGGAACAGGCCUGUUCAAGAUGUUCCGCUACACAGAGGGAGCCCUGAAGCAGAGCAGCUUCCCAAAGGUGGAGACCAUGGGCUUCCUGUGUCACACCUGGGUGACGGCGGAGCGGGUGAUCGCCGGGACGGACGCAGGCAGGCUGCUGGUGUUCGAGUCUGGAGACCUGCGAAGGGAGAUCGGCGCAGCCCUUGAGGCAGACAGGCAAGUUGGGACGAGGAAGAUCCAAGACGCGGACGAAGCCCCGACCGCCUCUCGCAUCACAGCCAUCCUGUCCUACUCCAAGGGCUUUGCGUGCUCCAUGGGCCCUGGCACCGUGUGUCUCUUUGAAAAGACAGAGGACAGCUACAGAAAGAGCAGGGAGAUAAAGAUUCCUCCGGAUCCAUACAACGACGAGGUGACCUCGGCGGAAAGCCAGGAGAUUGACACCAUGUGCCUCAGUCCAGCAGAGGAGACCCUGGCCAUCAGCACGGAACAAGGGCAGUUGUACAGCGUCAGCCUGUCCUCUGUGGACGUCCACAAGGAAGUCCAAGCGCACUUUGAGUUCCUGUCCCAGUCCUUCCACUCCAAGUCCAUCACGGGUUUAUCCGUCUGCCUGCGGAAGCCCUUCGCAGCCACCAGCUCCCUGGACCGCUCUGUCCGCAUCUGGAACUACGAGACGAAGGAGCUGGAGCUGUACAAGGAGUUCCAGGAGGAGGCGCACAGCGUGGCUCUGCACCCCACUGGCCUCUUCAUCCUGGUGGGCUUCUCAGACAAACUCCGGCUGAUGAACCUGGUUAUGGAUGACAUCCGCACCUUCAAGGAGUUCACUGUGCGCGGCUGCAGAGAGUGUGCUUUCAGCCACGGCGGCCACAUGUUCGCAGCCGUCAAUGGAAACGUCAUCCACAUCUACUCUGUCAACUCCUUUGAGAACAUCCUCACUCUGAAGGGCCACAAUGGAAAGAUCCGCGGCAUUGAAUGGAGCCUGGACGACAGCCGGCUGGUGUCGUGCGGGAUGGAUGGCGCCGUGUACGAGUGGAACACGCAGACCGGCAAGCGCGAGUCGGAGAGCGUCCUCAAGUCCUGCGGCUACACGGGCGUGGCCUUCUCGUCAGACUGCAAGACCUUCCUGGCUGUGGGAAGCGACCUCACGCUGAAGGAGAUCCAAGACUGUCAAGUCCUGAGGGAGGUUCCUGCCGACGAGGUAGCCCACACUGCCGUCGCGGUGUCUCAUUCUGGUAGAGUCGUCUUCACCGGGGCGUCCAACGGCACCAUCAGGGCCAUUAAAUACCCACUACCCAUCCAGAAGGACUGGAUCGUGUACCAGGCCCAUUGUGGCCCAGUUACCAAGAUGGCGAUCACGUUCGAUGAUCAGUUCCUGCUGACGGCGUCCGAAGACGGCUGUCUGUCCAUGUGGAAGAUCAUUGACAAGGAGGGACGAGGGCUGAAGAGCAGCAGGCAGAUCGUCCACACCGACGAGAUUCUUGUCACCAAGUCGGACCUGGAGGAAAAGACGCAGACCACGCUGGAGCUGAAGAUGCGUCUGGAGGAGAUGCAGAUGGAGAACGAGUACCAGCUCCGCCUCAAGGACAUGAACUACAACGAGAAGAUGAAGGAGACUUCGGACAAGUUGACGCAGCAAAUAGAAACUCUGCAGACUGCACAACAGGCCAUGAAGACAGAGAUGGAGAGGCAGGAGCGUGAGCACCAGGAGAGUUCUGCAGAGGUCGCCAUGAAACAUUCCAGAGAACUGAAGGAUUUAGAGUCCUCCUACGGCCAGAAGCUGAUCGUGGAGCACGAGCGGUUCCAGGAUCUUCGGCAUCGGUGUGAGAGAGCGCGGGAGGACUAUGAGAGGAGCGCGAAGACCGCAGAGGAGCGCGAAGUCCGAGCCCUGGAGGAGCUGACGCGGCGCUACGAGGCCGAGCUGCGGGAGAAGACGCGACAGCUGGCUCAGUGUCAGGAGGACGCGCAGCAGCAGAUGCGGGAGUUCAAGGAGAUCAUAAAGCAGGAAGAGGAGGACGAGGAGAGGGUGAUCCACAACAUCAAGAUCAGGUACGAGAAGAAGCUGCGCGCAGAAGAAGAGGCCGUCGCCAAUCUGACUCGAGAAAACGGCAUCACGGCUCACAAGUUCCACAGUCUCCAGAGGCAGAUCGACGACCAGCGCACGGACGCCAACAAGCUGAAGCAGGAGCGUCAGCGGCUGCUGGGUCUGAUCCGCUCGCUGGAGAGCGACAUCGAGGACCUGAAGAGGCAGAUCGCUGGGCACGAAAAGACCAACCAGGACAAGGACAAGACCAUCUCCGGCUUGAAGAAGAAGAACCAGGAGCUGGAGAAGUUGAAGUUUGUGCUGGAUUUCCAGCUGAGCGAGCUGAAGAAGCGGACGGAGCCUCAGCAGGACGAGAUCGGCGAGAAGAAGGAGAGGAUCCAACAGCUGGAGGGCGAGCUGGUGCAAACCAACGAGAGCAACACUCAGCUGAAGCUCGCCGUCUCGGACCUGAGGCUCAAACUGAGGACCAGAGACAAGGAGAUGCACAAGGAGAUGCAGAGGGUGAAAGAUCUGGAGACGCAUCUUCAGCGGCUCAAGUCGGACCUCCAUCACUGCGUGGGCUUCAUCCAGGAGCCAAAGAAACUGAAGGACAGCGUGCAGGUGAUCUACGCCCGCUAUGUGCCGCACGACGGGGGGGUGAACAAAAGCAGCGUGGGCGACGAUGUUCAGGCGGCCGUCUGUCGCCAGCGCGAUCACUUGGAGAGGACGGUGCACAGCCUCCGGACCAGUCUGGCCAAAUCGGCCGACGCACACGAGAAGGUCUACGUCAGGAUCAUGAAGGAGAACGUUACUCUGAUCACGGAAAUCAACGAACUGCGCAAGGAGUUGUGUCUGGCGAGGACUCAGGUGAAAGACUGCAAAGCGCAGCUUGCCACUUACAAGAGGUCCAACCAGUCACGUCCCAACUCAGAGGCAGGACCCAAAAAAGACUCCUCAGGCUCGGUCACAUCCCCCGUCGACAGGAAAGUCCAAAGGGACGAAUACUGAGGACUUUUACAAAUAUAAAACAUACAACAAAACUUUUAAUCUCAUAUUUACUCUGGAAUUAAGCUGAAAUUAUGCAAAAAUCACUUUUUCAGUGUUUGUGUCCAUAAAUGUGUGUAUCUGUGGAGCCUACAGCCUGGCUCUGAACAACUGGUUCAGAUUUCUCUCCCACUGUGAUGUCACAGUUGGACUCUUUUGGGGAAACCCCACCUGCAAUCUCUCAUAACCAGGAAUGCUUUCCAUCCCAAGGCGUCCCCAACACUUGACAUGGUGAAAAUUUAAAUAGUCAAAAAAAUAUAUAUAUAUAACAAAAACCACGUUCAGCCUGACCUGUUGGGGUCACAAUAACUACCAAAAUGUCCAUCUGUAUAUACAGUCUAUGGUAACUAUGAAUGUGUAUAGCCAGCAAGCCAUGGUACUUUUAGUCGGAGACCAAAAAGGAUCAUGGCUGGUGGAUCACAAGAAAUAAACAAUUGAUUUCCACUAA